CAAUAGUUCAGUUGAAUUGAAUAAACUAAAAUGGAUCGAUACAAUGACGUUAAAGUCCUCCUGAAAAAGUGGGAACAAACUUUCUUUCAAACGAACAGCAGGAAGCCUACAAAGGAUGACAUUGAUAAAGCUCCAGAGGAGACACGACAACUUUAUAAAGAAUACAGAAGUCUUAAAGAAGCCAAAGAAAGCAGCAGCACAGGACAGGAGACCCACGUGAGAACCCAACAGAGUGGAUCAUCUGUUUCUGGAUGCUGGGGGUCUCAUCUGAACCGCGGUAACCUGCCUGCUGCUGUUCCAAAACUUACAUCGCAAGAUAAAGAGACUCUGAAUGCUUCGGCUCAAUAUUUUGGCAUGAAACUCAAGACCAAUCUUGGAGGUUUAACAAAGGAAAGAUCAUUCUCCUUAAAAAAAGCAACAACUCCUCAUCGAACGCCCACCAAGCCAUUAAAGGACACUGCAGACUCCAAUACGGCACAUACAGCUGUAGAAUCUUAUACACCGAAACCAGCAAACACGUGUCCAGACCCCAGUGGUCUUCCUGUGCAGACAACCAGUGCAGAUCCCUUCCCUUCGCUCACACCUUCGAAAUCCCAGUCUCCAGCUGUAGGGACCGCACACAGGAGCGUGGAGAGAGUCCAGUUCCUGAAGCAAUCCAUGACGAAGAGACUUAGCUCUGUGGACAGUGGCUGGUUAUCGCGCUGCCAGGUCUUCGAUGAGGUGGAGGAACCUCGAGAGCCUGUUGUUGGGAAUUCGGAGCUGACGGAAAAGCAGGAGUUUUUGCAACGUAGCAUUAGAAGCGAAACCACAUCGAAGGAAAGUAAAACGGCUUCGAAGACUUCAGUAGCUGAAUCCCAUCUAGAUCCAGUGGAAACUUCAAGCGGUGGUAGCGUGACGUUGGAUGCUAAACCUGGCCACCCGGGGCCUGACGGUGAACGGGUAAAUCACAGAAACGGGGCGCUUACAGCAGACCCCGAGUCCGAGGAGCCCGAAUCUGUCUCGGUCACUAAGAGAUCUAGAGCAAAGCCUAGAAAAAGUCAAGACUCAAGACCACAGGUCGAGUCCAAAAUAGGAAGGACAAAAGGUCAGAAAAGACACCGAGAAGAUGAAGAUGAGGUGGAUGAGUCUGAGGAGAAGAAGGGAGGAGUGAAAAAGAAAAGAAGAACGAAGAAAGGAGAGGCAGCUGGGGACGAUCUGCCAAAGAAAGGAGGGAGAAGGAAAGGGAAAGCAGACGCUGAAGACGCGGAGGAUCCUGUGAGCGAGAAGAAAACCAAGCAAAUCGCAAUCCCUCAGGAGAAUCUGCUGGGGGAGGUGGAUGAAGAAGAGACUCGAGCUGCUUACAGGAUGAAGAACACAGUCAGUGUCAGGUCUACCAAAAACACAGAUGGAAACUUUGUGAAGAUCAAUCUGAAGAAGAAGUCUCAUGUUAAAGGUUUUGCUCUGAGAGGAGCUGCUAUGAGGAAACAGAUGUACAUGCAGAAGUUCCAGCUGAAGGGCGAGAGGUUUGGUGGCGGGUUCGGGAGAGGACGAGGGCGGUUCGGCGGCUUCAAUCGUCAAGGAGACUCCUGCUACAAGUGCGGCGGUUCAGGACACUGGGCCCGAGACUGUCGAGGGAGAGCCCCUGCCGUGAGCGCUGCAGAACAGGAGGAAACCCCAGCAGAAGAGGAGGAGGAGUUUGAGCUGCCCACGCUUGAAGAAGUCGCCAGGGCAACCGGAACUCUGUGCUCAGAGCCUGUGGUGGCACCUUCCAACAUGGGUGUGGACACCACAGAGCAGGAGGAGCGGGGGACGGAGGUACUGCUUAACAUCAUCAGACCGGACUAUGAGCGUCCUGCCCCUCCUCCUCCCCUGGAGCCUCUGUACGCACUGAAGGAUGAUGGGAAGGUUCAGGAUGUGCCUCCAGAGGUUCAUGAAGCUCUGCGGGAUUUCGGUUACAAAUCUUUCAGGCCUGGUCAGGAGAUGGCUAUUAUGAGGAUCCUGUCAGGUCUGUCCACACUGGUGGUGUUGUCCACCGGUAUGGGGAAGUCUCUGUGCUAUCAGCUUCCGGCGUACCUGUACGCUCAGAGGUCAAAGUGCAUCACGCUGGUGGUGUCGCCUCUGGUGUCUCUGAUGGAUGAUCAGCUCUCUGGAAUCCCAUCCAAGUUAAAAGCCGCCUGUAUUCACUCCAACAUGUCUAAGAAACAGAGAGAGACAGCCAUUGAAAAGGUGAAAGCGGGUGAGGUUCACGUCCUGCUCUUGUCUCCUGAAGCUCUGGUUGGUGGGGGUCACUCUGGAUCCGGUUGUCUCCCUCCUGCAGAUCAGCUCCCCCCGGUGGCCUUCGCUUGCAUAGACGAGGCUCAUUGUGUGUCGGAAUGGUCGCACAACUUCCGUCCCUGUUACCUGCGUCUGUGCAAGGUACUCGGGGAUCGGUUGGGCGUGCGUUGUCUGCUGGGUCUCACCGCCACGGCCACUCUGUCUACAGCGCUGGACAUCGCCCGUCACCUGGACAUCAACGAUGAGGACGGGAUCGCCGUGCGCUCCGCUGCUGUCCCUCACAACCUGCAGCUGUCUGUGUCCAUGGAUCGAGAUAAAGAUCAGGCACUGGUGUCUCUGCUGAAAGGGGAGCGUUUCGGUUCUCUAGAUUCGGUCAUCGUGUACUGCACCAGACGAGAGGAGACGUCUCGCAUCGCCGCGCUCCUGCGCACCUGCAUGCAGGGUGUGAUGCUGAGAGAAUCCUCCAAACCUGCACCUGAGGACGACGACAACCCCGUGGGCAAGAAGAAGAAAGCUUUGGCCAGGAAGAAGAUCCGGAAGCCACUGAAGUGGAUCGCUGAAGCGUAUCACGCUGGGAUGUCUGCGUCGGAGAGGCGGCGCGUGCAGAAUAACUUCAUGUGCGGGGAGCUGCGCGUGGUGGUGGCCACCGUGGCUUUCGGAAUGGGUCUGGACAAAUCAGACGUGCGGGGAAUCGUCCACUACAACAUGCCCAAGAGUUUCGAGAGCUACGUGCAGGAGAUCGGCCGAGCGGGGCGUGACGGGCAGCCGGCGCACUGUCAUCUGUUUCUGGACCCAGAGGGCGCAGACCUGCACGAGCUGCGCAGACACAUCUACGCAGACACUGUUGAUUUUUAUACUGUAAAGAAACUGGUACAGAAAGUCUUCCCACCCUGUAAAUGCCGACAGAUUCAACAGAAACGUCAGGAUCUGACACAGGCUGCAGAAGUGUCUGACACUGAACUGCUUGAGAUGGAGGUCUGUGAGCAGGGAACAGAGACGCCGACAGACCAACAAGCACAAGAUGCACAAACCUCACAACAGCAGAACAGACCAAUGACAGCAGAGGAGGAGUCCAUUACAUCACAGAGAGAGGGGGAGGAGCCAGACAAGAGUGACAACGGUCUUAAAAUGAGUGACGUGUGCGUUCAGAGAGUGUGUCAUACGCAUGAGAGAGCCAUUGCCAUGCAGGAGACCGUGGAGGCUCUGGACAUCACCGAAGAGAGCGUGGAAACUCUGUUGUGUUACCUUGAACUUCAUCCUCAGCAGUGGGUGGAGCUUCUUCAUCCGACUCUCUCCGUCUGCAAGCUGCAGUGCUACGGCGGCCCGCAACAACUGCGCAAAAUCACUAAACUGUGCCCGCCUGUGGCCGUGAUGCUGGCGCGGAAGCGUUUGGCCGGUGAACGCGUGGAGUCAUGUGACUCUCUGGAGUUUGAUGUGGUGGAGCUGGCGGACACGAUGGGCUGGCAGCUUCCUCUGGUCAAGAGAGGCAUGAGGUCACUGCAGUGGGGUUCAGGUUCAUACGGAGGCACAGGACGUAGCGGCAUCCACGUGGAGUUCUCCGCUUUAUCAUUCUACUUCCGUUCUUAUGGAGACCUGACGCCAGAUGAACUGGACGCUGUGUGUGCGUUCCUGCACGGACGGGUGAUGGCUCAAGAGAGGACACAACUCUAUCAGCUCAAAGCCUGUUUUAAAGCUUUCCGCAGUGUUGCGUAUCGUAACUGCAGUGAGUGUGUGGAUGGUCUGGAUGAGAGCAGAAGUCACUUCCUGAAGGAUCUGCUGCGAGAUUAUUUUGAUAAGAGGAGAAAUCUGGACAUGAGCAAACCCUGUGAGGAUGAAGAUGACGAGGAAGAGUCCCUCAAUAAAUGCAAGAUGAGAGAAUGGGAAGCUCAGAUCUGUGCUGACAUCAGAGGAUUUCUGGCCAGCCGCAGCGAUGAGAAGUUCUCCGGUCGAGCCGUGGCCAGAAUAUUCCACGGCAUUGGAAGUCCUUGUUUUCCAGCGCAAAUAUACGGCCGUGACCGCAGAUACUGGAGAAAAUAUAUUCAGUUUGAUUUCAACGAGAUCAGACACUUGGCUACUCAAGAGAUCAUUAGAACACGCUGAUCGACGUAACAUCUAGUGGUUAUUGUUGCUGUUUGUCAUUAUUGUUUGACGUGUAUAUCAUAAUGUGUAUAUCUUAAAUGUGAUAUUAUUUUAUACACAAUAAAGUCUAUUUUGU